GGGAGCAAGGACGACGAGAUGGUGAUCAUCGAGGAGAUGUGCCUCAACAGCGCGCAGAUCAUACGGCGACUACCGGGCAGCCUGUGGGCCUUCUACCUGAUCGAGAGCGACCACACACCGUCGGACGCAGGCGCGCAGGAAGGACAAGAAGACGCGGACAAGGUGAAGGACGGUAUGACGAACUUGGGGCCACCCCACGUGCACAUCGGAGCAGCAUUAUUCGACGAGCUGGCAAACCUGACUUCCACGCCGCAUCCGCAUCAAGAGACCCUAGAUCACUUCGCCUUGGUGAUCGGAGUCAUCCACCAGGACUUGUUCGGAGACAUGCUGCCCUACUUCAUGGGCAAGAUCGACCAGAAGCGGCAGAAGCAGGGCAAGGAGCGCAUCAAGCUGCAGCUGAUCCAGGCAUAUCACCUCCGCACGGCGACGCACGUGGCGAUCACGAACAGCGGCCGCCAGGCGAUCGCGGGAGCACUGCGGCCGACGGCCCUCGAGCGCAGGCUGCAGAACUACUUACGCGACCGCAUCGCGAACAUGU